CCUUCCUCAGCCACCGUAGGCUGAGUCAGAGACAGUCAGCUGUGUCGCUGUUAGCCUGUGAAGUGACAACAUGGCCUUCACUCUGUACUCGCUCAUUCAGGCCGCGGUCCUGUGUGUCAAUGCUGUCGCCGUGUUGCAUGAAGAAAGGUUUCUCAGCAAGAUUGGCUGGGGAGUGGACCAAAGUGUCGGAGGGUUUGGAGAUGAACCAGGCGUCAAAGCACAGCUGAUGAACCUAGUCCGCUCCGUGAGGACAGUGAUGAGAGUGCCACUGAUCGCAGUCAACACAGUCUGCAUCGUGUUGCUGCUUCUGUUUGGAUGAAGUGAAGAGACAGAAGAUGUCAGGAGAACAUCUCCAUCAUCUCAGGAAACCAUUGUAUCUCUCUGACACAGAAUGUCUCCUUUCAACCUGAGGAUGAUUGUUAUCGUUUGAUAUCCCACAUAAUUUCAUGGGUUUCAUACAGCACAGUUGUUCACAAUAUGUAAAUGCAGCUAUGUAGAAUGCCAGAACAUCCCUCUUUCUUUGAAAAGUAUAAAAAAGUAAUAAAGUUAUUUUUAUUA